UUUAUUUACAUAUAUUCAGAAUGAAGAUACAAGGGUCAGUAAGUUGCUUAUGCACAGAUGAUAUAAUCAUUUUGAACACAAAAAUCUAAAUGAUUAUUAGCUACAAUUCUAUAUGUAUAACUUAAAUUGACGUAUUUAGCACACAUCGGCGUUUCCAUUACGAGCAGUUUUAUAGAGAUAAGAAACCAUUUAACUUCUGAAAUAAUAAUUCUGGUGUUUGUAAACAGUGGCUGUGAUUAUAUACCUUUUCUCUUGUUAAGAGAAAAACAUACUAUAAGUUACGUGGUGGUUUGUGAUUUUUGUUAAAAUGACUAGUAAAUUGUUGAAAAUUGGAUUUAUAGGAGGUGGAAAAAUGGCACAAGCUAUGGCAAAAGGCUUUAUUUCAGCAGGAUUAUCAAAAGGAGAAAUGAUGAUAGCAAGUGUCCACCCUUCUGACUUACCAUCUGCAGAAGCAUUCCAGAGUAUUGGAGCUGAAUCUGUAUUUGAAAAUAUACCUGUGGUUAAGAAGUCGGAUGUUGUUUUCGUAUCAGUUAAACCCUCAGUAAUACCACAAGCACUUGGAGAUAUCACAAACGCAGAUGACUUAAAAGCAAAUGAUGCUGACAAAUUGUAUCUAUCAAUAGCAAUGGGGGUAACAAUAAAGGAACUGGAAAGUUAUUUACCAAGGGAUUCUAGGGUAAUUCGUGUAAUGCCUAACACACCAGCUCUAGUCAGAAGUGCGGCUUCAGUAUUUGUCAGGGGAUCCAAUGUUACUGAUGAAGAUGCUUUUACCACCAAGGAGUUGUUGUCUUCGAUUGGAACAUGUGAAGAAGUCACUGAAAAUCUUUUAGAUCCUAUUACCGCACUCAGUGGUUCAGGACCGGCCUAUAUAUAUGUAAUAAUUGAAGCUUUGGCUGAUGGAGGUGUCAAAAUGGGAUUACCGCGAGAUCUCGCUUAUCGUUUGGCUGCCCAAACUGUUUUAGGAUCCGGGAAAAUGGUGUUAGACACUAAUACUCACCCUGGAAUUCUCAAAGACAACGUUACAUCACCCGCAGGUUCUACAGCGUCAGGAUUACAUUUUCUUGAAGAAAAAGGUUUAAGAGCCGCUUUGAUUGGGGCAAUUGAAGCAGCGACCAAAAGAUGUCACCAAGUGUCCAGUAAUGGUUCGACGAAAAAGUAAAUCUAAUUUAUUGUGUUAUUAAUGGAAAUAGAUCACUGUCAAUAUGUAUAUCGCAUCUGCUGUAAUUUUAAUGUAUAAUUUAUACUUGUAAUAAAUUAUUUUAAUGAA